CAGGGGUAAAACGGUCUUUUGCAAAAUACUCUCCAACAUGUUUCUUCAAUUAAUUAGCAAUGUGUACUUAACAAGUAUGUUUUAACUACACACAACCGCUUUAUACUGUCUGCUGUUCGGUAAGAAUCGAUAUUUUUAACAUGGAGGGAUGACGGUGGAGGAGAAUGGACCGGAGGGAUCACCGGAGGCGGAGUUCUCUCUCCUACGAAAGAAUUACUCUACUCGUUUCCCUUUUCAACAUUCUCAUAGCUCUCUUGGUUCUUCGCUGUCUCUACUCGCAGGUGUUGUUUGUAACGGCUACUAUCGUUCUUUGGGUUUCAGGUGUUGUAACGGCUUAAGCAAAGCCCAUUUGGACAUGACAGUUUGAGGGGACAGUAGGAGAGGGAUAGUUUGGCUCAUAUUGUGCUACCAUUGUUCAGUCUUGCUAAGUUGAAGUACCGGACCAAGAUGCUAACAUCUUUGGCAGUUGUAUACAAGUAUAGAUUGUUUUUUUUUGUUUCUACUUUUUGUUUGUUUGUAUCUAUAAGACAUAGGGUUUACCACAACACCUGGUUGAAGGUGAAUAUGGGAUCAGGAAUCAUGUUUUUGUCGAAUCUUGUCCAGUCAGGAAUCUUCAUUUCUUUUUCAAUCUUGUGAAGAUUCUAAAAUGUUCAACAAAUGCUUGUCUCCUGGUUGUGACAGUGAAUCUUUGAUCUGGUAAUAGCAGAGUCAGGUUGUAUGCAACAGAGAGAUACAACAGAACAUAUCUCGAUUAGUGGUAGUUAGGAUCAAAUUAGUGGUAGUUAGGAUCAAAUGCCUAUAUCCGGUAAAUAUGUUACAAAACAUCACAUUAUACUUCUGUAAUGUAUAAAUUAAUGAACAAUAGAAACAAAGCUAAAAUUGGACAGGUUCAUCAUUCAUCACACAUCUAUUCUACUAAUUAUAGACUUUUGAAUUGUGUACCUCUCUUUACUUUGUCUAGAAACCUUCUUAAUCUCAAAUAUCAAUAAUUCUUCUCUGCUUUCUUCAUUUUUCCUCUCUAUUGAUUCUUUCUUUUACCAUUUCUCUUGUAAGUUUUUUGCCUUUCUAGCUUCCUCCAAUGGAGGAUUUGAAAUUAACAGAAGUUGUAUCUCCUCCUCCAGAAGAACCUAGUGUAACAUCAAAUGUUGUUGAGUUGGAGCAACCUCAAGCAAAUGAAGCAAUGCAACAAUCUCAAGCAAAUGAAGAUUCAACUCAAAAUGGGAAAGUUUAUAUGGAUGACACUUUUUUUCCCACCAGUUUAUCAAGCAGCCAAGCAGAAGAAACACAAGAUUCUUCUUCUUAUUCUAACACUACUACUCCUGUAUUUGUUUCUGAGAUUGGUCUGCCUUCGGUGAAGACUAAGUAUAGAUCAGAGGGCACCACAACAAGAAAAAGAUCUCUAUCUUCCCAAAGAAGCCUUGGAACUCCAAGAACACUCGGAUCAUCAUCACCAUUGAGCAAUGAAACGCCCAAAAGUCUUGAUUCUUACAAAGAUUCCAUUGACACAACAUCACCUAUUGAAUCAGUUAAAGAAGCUGUCUCAAAAUUUGGAGGAAUCACUGACUGGAAAGCACAUAAAAUGCAAGUAUUAGAGAGACGCAAGUUUGUGGAACAAGAACUCAAAGAGAUUGAAGAGCAGAUUCCUGAGCACAAGAAACAAUCAGAGACUGUUGAGAUGUCAAAACUGCUAGCUGUUGAGGAGUUAGAGAGCACAAAGAGACUCAUAGAAGAGCUGAAGCUUAAUCUCGAAAAGGCGGAAACCGAAGAAAAACAAGCAAAGCAGGACUCAGACCUUGCAAAGAUGAGAGUUGAGGAGAUGGAGCAAGGAGUAGCUGGUGAAGCCAGCGUUGCAGCUAAAGCACAGCUUGAGGUGGCUCAAGCCAGACACACAUCUGCAAUUUCGGAACUGGAAUCUGUCGAGGAAGAGAUACAAACUCUGCAGAAGGAGCAUGAUGGUUUGGUGAGAGAGAAAGAUUUGGCUGUGAAGGAAGCGGCUGAAGCAGUUUUGGCUUCUAAAGAGGUUGAGAAGAAAGUUGAAGAGCUGAGUAUAGAGCUGAUAGCUACAAAGGAGUCACUGGAAUGUGCACAUUCUUCUCAUUUAGAAGCUGAAGAACUUCAAAGACUGAUGAAGAACUUCGUAUCCCAAACAGAUGUUGCUUCUGCAAAGAAGGAACUAGAAGAAGUCUAUGUGAAUAUCGAGAAAGCAACGUCUGAAGUGAAAUGCUUAAAGGUAGCAUCAUCAUCCUUAAGAGUUGAAAUUGAGAAAGAGAGAUCAGCGCUUGAAUCAAUCAAACAAAGAGAAGGGAUGGCAUCAGUAGCGGUUGCAUCACUAGAAGCUGAGAUAGACAUAACAAGAUUCGAGAUAGCUCUUGUUGAGUCCAAGGAAAAGGAAGUCAGAGAAGAGAUGGUGGAGCUACCAAAGCAGCUGCAGCAAGCAAGUCAAGAGGCUGAUGAAGCGAAAUCAUUUGCUAAACUUGCGAGUGAAGAGCUGAGGAAGUCUCAAGAAGAAGCAGAGAAAGCAAAGGCUGGAGCAAGUGCAAUGGAGGGGAGAUUACUUGCAGCUCAGAAAGAAAUUGAAGAUGUUAAGGCUUCAGAGAGGUUCGCAUUAGCUGCUAUCAAGGCGUUGCAAGAGAGUGAAUAUGAUUUGGAAGAAAAGAAUAGUGUGACACUGACGUUAGAGGAGUACUAUGAGCUUAGCAAGCGUGCUAAAGAGGCAGAAGAAAGGGUUGCAGCAGCGGUUUGUGAGAUUGAGGAAGCUAAAGAAGAGGAGAAGAGAAGGUUGGAGAAGUUGGAAGAAGUGAAUAAGGAGAUGGUUUUGAGGAAGGAAAGACUUGCGGAAGUAACUGAGAAGGCUGAGAAGGCUAAAGAAGGGAAGUUAGGUGUAGAACAAGAGCUGAGAAAAUGGAGAGAAGAACACAAAGUAAAGAGAAAGAAUGUUGAAAAUGGAGUGAAAAUAGAGGAAAGUCAUGAAAGAAGCUUAGAGGGUUCAAAGGAGAAAGAAAAUGAGUCUAGUGGAACUGAAACAAACACAAUCCCACCUGAGAUUCCUGUAAAGAAAAAGAAGAAAUUUUUUCCAAGAAUUUUUAUGUUCUUGAUGAAGAAGAAGAAGUCACCCAAGUGAGUUUGAUGUGAAGAAGUUGAUUAUGUAAAAUUAUAUUAAAUGUUUUACUAAUACUAUAAAAGAAAUCCUCAGUUUUAGAUAAUCUUUCUUCAUGAUACAUCUUCCAACAUACUUCUUUUCUUUCAUUUCCCAGUUAUAUUAGUGAAAAUUGGAAAGCUAUUAAUCUAAAUGAAAGAUUAAAAAUUGGAAAAUGAAAGUAUUCAGAAUCUCCCACAAGAAAGCAUUAAUCUAAAGCACCUAGAGCUAAGCUAUGUUUACCUCACUUGUAUGCAGAAUAAAAAAUCUGUAAGUUAAUAAGUUAAAAAAAAUAUUUAUAUCUUCCUAUAUAUUAGAUGAGAAGUCACUUAAAUGACUUUUGCCUAGGUGUAAAUCAUAGAGAAAAUUUAGGAAAAUUGUUAUAAUUUGAUUGUUUGAAAGAUAAUCAAUUUUUAUUAUUUUAAUUAGAUCUAAAAUAAAAGGUAAGUCUAGAACUAAUUAAUAUUACUUACCAACUAGUCUAAAUAAUAUUACAAAUAAUAAUUUAUGGUAACUAAUUGUCAAAAUUAAAAAAUUGUAAUAAUGUUUGAUUAAUUGUUUUUAUAUUUAUGUAAUACAUAAUAUAAUUAGUCGAACACAAUUUAUAGAAAUCGAUAUAAUGAUUUCAUAUUCUUAUAUAAAACAUUAUAUUCAUAUAUAAAGAAUUAUAAUAAUUAUUAAUGUCUUAUAAUUUCCAUAUAUGUUUUAUAAGUCAUUUAAAAAAAUAAAGCAUUUAUAAAUUAUCUAUCAUAGCUUACAAAAUUAUUUUAUCUUAAUUUUAAAUUAUUUAUAUGAGUUUAUAAAACAUUUAUAAAAAAAUAAAUUAUCCUAUAUAUUAAAAUAGAAGUCACUUAAGUGAAUUUUGCUUACAUGUCGAUUAUUUAUGAAGUCUCGAGAAAUAUUUUUAUAAUUUGCUUAGUCGAUAAUUUUUAAUUUUAUUUUAGAUUUAAAAUAAAAAAUCUAGAUCUAAUUAAUAUCACUUGCCAAAAAUCUAAAUUAUAUUACAAAUACUGAUUUAUGGCAACUAAUUGUUGAAAUUAUAUAAAGAAUAUUAACGCCUGAUCAGUUCAUUUUUAUAUUUAUAAACUACAUAAUAUAAUGAGCGGAACUUUAUAAAUUUUAUUAUUUUAAUUAUAUCUAAAAUAAAAGACAAGUCUAAAGCUAAUUACUAUCACUUGCCAAAUAACAUAAAUGAUGUUACAAAUAAUAAUUAAUGGUAGCUAAUUUUCAAAAAUAUAGAAAGUGUAAUAAUGUUUGAUCAAUUAUUUUUAUAUUUAUAUACUACAUAAAAUAAUAAAUAUAAAACAAUUUAUAGAAAUCAAUAUAAUGAUUUCAUAUUCAUAUAAUAAUAUAGUUGUAUCUAUAAUAAUUACUAAUAUCUUAUAAUGUCCAUAUAUGUUUUAUGAAUAAUUAGGCUUUGAAGAUUGAAAUGAUUAUAUUUAACGGAUCGUGUGAGAACUUUGAUUAAAAAAAUUGCAUUUAAGUCAAAUAAUAUAGUGAAUAAGGUAAUGUUAUGGUUGAAAAUAAUUUUAAGAUGAAUUUUUGGUUCGUUGAUUAUAUGUGUUGUAUUGCUAUUUAGAGAAAGAAAUAAAUAUUUGGCAAAAAUAUGUUAAAAAUUAGGAAAACAUUAGCAAAAGUUUAAUAAAAAAAACGAAAUGAUAACGAGAAAAAUAAGAAGAUGCAUAAUAUGUAUUGAAGAAGUUAAUGUGAUAGUUACAUAUAUAUAUUUCACAAGCAUUUGUUAUUAGUAAAUAUUCAUCAAUUAUUUUUACAUCAAAUUUAUAUAAACUUUACUAUUGAUUUUU